CGGAAAUCGCGCGGGACGUACGGUUCAAUUCAAUUUAAAGUUUUAAAUAUGUAAAAUAUUUUUUUAUUAAAAUAGAAAUAAAGUGCUGUUUUUCGUUACAAGCUACUGCAGUAUUUUCAGUGUGACGCAUUACUUUAAACCGCCAUGGCAGUUCUUUAGUACUUGGACCCAAAUAAUAGAUAGCAUUCGUAACAGUAUCUUCUUCUAUCUUAUAUCUUUGGUCUGUGGAAAGGUCUUCAACCGCAGAUAACUGAUUGGCGGUUCCGAUUAUCUUGCUUUUGAGGGAUGUUUGUUAACAUAUUUUGUUGUGACGUUUGGAGGACUCGGAGGGCUAUUGAAUUUGAAAACAUCGGGCCGGUUCGCGUCUAAUAUGGAGUACGAGAUCGUGCCCACUUAGUUCCCGGAGCCGCGAUCUAAAUUCUGUUAUUAUAUAAAAACGAUGUUCCAUCACAUUGGCCAUAACAUAUUCGACGGUGUCAAACUAGAACCUUUAAACUACUACCUUAACACGGACGACAAUUACAGGCCUUACCAGCAAUACCAAACCGGAACCGAACCCCCGUACGAUGAAACUGCCGAACCCGAACCUCCGCCGGAGUCCGUGACGCGAACCCCUAAAACCGCCGAAGAGAAAAAAUCAAAAAUGCAAGUGUGCAAGGUAUGCCACAGAACGCUGUCCUCGCCAUCUAGUUAUUACGUGCACAUGAAGCAGCAUUCGGAAACGAAGCCCUACUGCUGCACAAUGUGCGACGCCGCCUUUUGCAGGAAGCCGUAUCUCGAAGUGCACAUGCGAGUCCACACGGGCGAGCGCCCUUACGAGUGCGACGUGUGCAAAAAACGUUUCACGCAGAAGUCGAGUCUCAACACGCACAAGAGGGGCCAUUCGGGGCUGAGGCCGUACGCGUGUCAGAUAUGUCUCAAAAGGUUCACGGUCAAGAGUUACUUGACGGCGCACCAGUGGACCCACGUGUCCGAAUCGGGCAUCGCUUGCAACGAGUGCGAAAUGUCGUUUACGAACAAGAAUCAGUACUUGCAGCACAUGCGCGUGCACAGCAAGGGCGGGUUCGAGUGCGCAGAGUGCAAGAGGGCUUUCGCGAAGCAGUCGUAUCUCAUCAGGCACGUGAACAAAGUUCACAAGGGCGCCCCCGAAGACGACUGACUUUCGGGCAUUGUACACUUUCGUGGUUCUGUAGAAGCCUCUCCCCAUCCAGAGUAGAUGAUAAUAAUUAUUGUGCUUGCUGCAAGGGACUAGGUCGCAAUUUUUUUUUUUUCUCACGUUAAAUCGCGGACUGACAGUUUACAUUCGCCUCUUUUUCUUUCUUCGUUGUAUCGUCGCCGUAGUAAACGUACGUGUAAAAAUAAAUCAUUAAAUUAU